AGAGGGAGCUAUCAGUUAAAAACAAGAUGGUCGCUUCGAUAUCCUCCAUCAAGAUUAUGUGUCAAACACUGAGGCAAUUGGGACAAGUUAGAUCAAGAUGCUAUCAACAAGUAACGCUUACUAACAUUCUAUUCCCAUCAUUAUGGCAAGGAGCUCAGCAAUCUUCAAAUUUUCAUGUAGGAUCAGUAUGUUGGACAAAACAUAUUCCAGGAGCCAAAAAGUGGCCUAAGAAAAAUGAUGAAGUUUUUCCUCCACAAGCCCCUGGAGAAGAAAGAAGGCCAGCAUUUGUUUGUCAUUAUCGAAAUCAGAUAAAAUAUUCCCCUGAUAAAAUGUGGUAUGUGGCAACAAUGAUCAGAGGAAUGUCAGUUGAAGAGGCUAUUAAACAGCUGUCAUUUGUUUCCAAAAAGGGAGCUCAAAUAGUUAAAGAGGUUUUGAAAGAAGCUCAAGAGCUUGCUGUGAAAGAACAUAAUGUUGAAUAUAAAUCUAAUUUAUGGGUUGGUGAGUUGAAAAUUGUUUUUCAACUAAAUAUAAUU